AAGUUAGAAAGUUUUAGUUUGUCCUUGGUCGUUUGUUGUAUAAAAAUACAUAGCCUUCUACUCGCUCUUCAGAAAUUAUAGUAUUAUUGUUGAUUGGUUUAUUUUUACCGAACAUGUAGAUGUCAAAUGUAAUAACCAACUGCAGGCGAAACGUAGUUUCCGCAUCCGUUAAGUGAGACUUCGCGGGUAAAGAGUAUUUUCUAUAUCAAGAUAUCAACCUGCGGUUUGGAAUGCAUAUUAUUCUUUGUAGUCGUUGUACGUUCAAUUAUUUCCUAUCGUGAAAACCAGACGCUAAGCGGUAUAUUUAGCUUUGUCACGAUAGAACAAACAGACCCACAGAGGAAAUAUGUCGCUGCUUUCUGCGGUAGAGGAGGCUAUCAAGACCUAUAAGGCCGAACAAGUCAAGCUUAACCGAAGCAUUCAAUUUCACCGAGAAAUUUUACAUAGUCUGAUACCACAACAAGAGGCAGGCUCUGAAGAAGAAGAAUUAGUAGACAAUGCUGCUGCAGACGCAGAGUCCUCGCCAGGGGAGAAGGAAGACAUAGAACUGCUUGAGCAAGCACUGGAAAAAGCUUUUCGCGUCCGCACUGGCUCAGAGGUCUCUAAACAAGACUCCAGCAAAAGAAAACUAUCCACAACUAAAGAAACAGAUUGCAUGCCAGCUCUAUCAGCAGUGACUAAAAAUAAUCAGCCAAUUAUCAAGUCAAAUAAAAAAUCUGGCAGCCUUCACAGAAAAGGGCACAAAAAGCCAAGUGUUUCACAUAGCUCAAGGCCUUCAGCGAGCCAGAAACCAGCACAGUCCAAAAACAGAACCCAACACCAUCCUUCCUCAGCUGCUCAUGCCGGACAUCACCAGCAGACUGUCUUGGCAGGGUUUGAAUCUCCUGAUCAAAUCACAGCUUCGCUUUCGAAAAACAAGACGGUCAGAAGCAAUAUGCCCCGAGACGAUGGGCUGAGCAAAUCUGCAUCUGUCCCCAGGCCUUCUUCAGAUGACAUGUCCUUUUCAGGGACAGAUGGAUCUGGGGUCAGCAGUUUGCAUCAACACAACGGGACGCUUUCUGAGCAAAUUGCAAAAUGGAAAUCUUUAAGGAGCAAACAAAACAGAUUGUGGGACAAAGUCAUUGCCUUACAGAAGAACCCGGAGCCUGGGAGGAGUCGCUUCAUACAGAGAAUGAGGACGACGUUUCCUAGUGAUUGGCCAAGUGGAAGUCCAGAUGAGACCAGGUUUCAGCUCCACAGACUAACCGACCAAGCAUUCAACCUUGCACAUCUUUGCCAGACCGAGAAGAUUCUUGUCAAUGAGGUGCCAGAAAUGGACACUGAACUUCCGAGUGGUGAGCAGACCAAGUCUCAUUCCGGCCUGACACCUGCAGGGCUGCAGCUGGCAGCUGCAGAGCUCCACGUCCUAGCAGAUAAAGUGAAGCAAGAGUGGAAGGCAUGGGAUCGAUGGAGGCCAGAGGGAGGCUGUCUUUGCCCGUCUGAGGCAGCUGGCCUGUUUGCAGAUGGGGCGUCUUCACCUCUGCCCCUGACCAUAACCUACAGCACACAACGGGAGCUCCAACAGCUGGAGGAGCUGCGGAUGAGAGUGGCACUGCUGCAACAAGAGACUUACUUUGAACAGGUUCUCUUGGACUCUCUGUCCCCUCAGUUUUCAUCCAUCGGACCUGGACCUGGGUGUCCCGAUCCAAGUACGCUCAGAGACAUGUACUCCCUGUUGGGUGAGGGAGGGGAGCGUUUUGCUGCUAUAGUCCAGGACCCUGAGCAUGAAUGACAGCUGAAGCGGUCGCACUGAAAGUAAAUAAAGAAGCUUAGCAACAGGCAUGGUUACAUGAGACACCUAUUAGCAUUGAAAAGCCAAUAGUCACUUCCUGUUGAAAGAUUAGUUGAACUACAGUAUAAUAAAACAGAGAUAAAUCAUACUGAAGUCUCUAUUAAAGUUUCUCCAGUAAAUUAAAAUGUAUAUUUGCGUGAACUCUGAUUGAUGACCUAUUUUUAACACAUCUGAGCUCCUCCUUAGCUCCUGUGAGCCUAUGACUGAUUAAUGUUGUUUUUGAAUUUCUGUUUGUUUUUUUUUCUUUUUAAAUUUCACCAGAUAUGAAUGAAUAUAUGGACAAAUACAGUUAAUGUUACCAAUA